UCAAAGGACACAAGAGAGAUGGAAGGCGACAGGUUUCUUCCAUUGUUGGUCGUGUCGGCACUCGCUUGCCUCGUGAUGGCGAACAAUGAAACGCCUCCGGAGUUAGAAAAAUCCAAAGGAAAAGAUCAGUCAGUUGAUUCGGCAAGCGAGAUGAACCGUAAGCUCCUUGAUCUCGCAAAGCAAGAAGAAGAUACUGAAGAAUGGCUUAGAAAGUUCAAAAAAAUGUCCAAGAAGUUUGCUGAAAAGAUGUCAAACAAGGAAUCUCUAAACAAGAAUGAUGGUGGACUCCAGUACGAAUAUACAGCUCGUAAAAAUGAACUCAUUGCUGCAGUCAAAAGCAGACUUUCGACGUUCAGUGGUCCAUUGUCAUCUCGUGCUAAAGAUUCCUUAUCAAGUUUAGAUAAAAAAUGGAACGAUCUCUCUUAUGGUGACAAGAAACGUGCCGUAGACACUUUAAGUGUAAUAAAAAAAAGCAUCAAGGCCUUUGGCAAUGCUGGCGAAGACUCUGUUAAAGCCACGAAAGGAGCGACUAAAAUCCUUGCCUCCUUAUCCAGUAAUUUUGGUCCAAAGGGACAUCUUGCAGCAGCGGCUCGGGGUUUGGUUUCCGCUCUUCUUGGCUUGUUCGGUAAAGGACCAAAACCGAAGACCUUGGAUGUAGUUGUUAUAGAGCAGAUAAACGAGUCUCUGGCGGAGUAUCCCGACCUAUGGUUCUCUAGAACAAGCAUGAUGAUGAUAACAGCAUCGUUUGAACGCACUAAAGCAUACUUAGACGCAGCUGUAAAGUCGGGGGAAACUUUGGAUAAAGGAGAAGUGGAAAGAUCAAUACAACUGCCGUUUAUGGGAGUGCUUACCAGAGCAAUACAUAGUUUUUUCAAAGAUAACAGUGUUGCCGAUGCAAACAAAGGCAUAAGAUAUUGUGAGAUGUACGCACACAUAGCGUUAUACCGUGACAUCAUCCUAACACAGUAUAUUGCCAUGGCUGCUGUACCGAGCACUGCAACUGGGCACGAUUUCCUCGAUGCCCUCAUAUCAUUUCGAGAGGCGUUUAGAAGAAUUGACGGAGCGGUACUCGGCAACCUCUACGCAGUAGACUACGAUAGCGCUAUAAUUCCCUAUUAUGAUCCAGAUGUGAGCGUUAUAACGGACACCUACUCUACUGAGAUAUUGAAUUUGGGUAAAUACGAUCGUUCCAUGACUGGUCUGUAUUGCCUUAUGCACCGAGAAAAUCGUGUAAUAAAAGAUUUGGUGGCUGUUAAUGGCAGUACAACAUUAGUGAAACAUAACACCACAAACUGUCACUGGAAAGUUGUUCCUCAUGGGAGGAAUACGUACAGCAUUGUGAACAAGCGAUUUGGUGACGCAUUGCUGUCAUGGAAAACAGAUGGUGACAGUGCCAUUGCGAUUAUCUCUAAUUCUAUUCCCGUCUUGUGGGAAAUUAAUGGCAGAUAUAUGAAAUCUAUUCAAAACAAAAAAGACUGUGGUAAAACAAAAACGAAAUGGUGUGACGGCGAGCUAUUGCUUGCGAGGAGAAAUAGCCAAAGUGAAAGUGCCAUUCAGUUGACUGAACGUGGAAAAGUUUCUCCCUGGAGGUUUAUGAGAAGGGUUUCCGGAUUAAUGUGGGCAGAUUAGAUUAGGUUUUCACUCGAAUUAAAGUGAAAUAAUUAUAUGGAAUGUUCAGUCCAAACAUUGUAGUAACCGUUAGCUAUUGAAAAUUAUGAAGCAUCAAUGAAAUUUAGAAUC